ACUUUUAUGUAAUAUAAAACAGCAUAAUGUCAAAGAGCAGUGUUUAAAUAAUUUCACAGGGCAUGAGUUUUUAACCUAGACCGUAAAAAACCACAUUGUUUCUCACCAUAAGAAGUUGGACAGCGUCAUCUACUGGCACAUUUACUACCAGCAGGCACAUUUGAUAUAUCGUCUUAUGUAUGUAGACGGCCAAGAGCUUUACAUGUAUAAAAACGCUUUACGCAGCGUUAACAGUGGACGAAUUCUUUGCCAUAACCGUCAACAGUUCGCAUUUCUAAAGCGGAGGUUGCUGAGUCCAGUGUUUUUCACAGGGGAGUUAUAAUCUAACGGGAAGAUUUUGACCAGAUAUAAAUAAACCUGAUCACAUCGCGAUGAUCUUUUAUAAAAUUACGCAGUAUUGGAGACAUCUGGAUGCUUCAGUGUGACUGGUUCUGGUAUGUCACGUAGCGAUACAGCUGCCGUGUUGUUAAACGUGCCUUUAUUUAUAGAGCUACAAUGCUGACUUGGCCAAACAUACACUUAAAUACAUACAUUACAUACAAAAUACUUUUAAAUAGUGUGUAUUUCCUGCGAUAUCCAAUGUGAAUACGUAUUUUUGAAUACAGCGCAAUUGUAAUAUUAUUAUAAUGUCACUUAGCCGUGGAUGCAUACUUCAUGUGUAAAUAGUAAUGUAAUAUAAGGUGAAUAAAUAAUGACAGAAUUUUUAUUUUUGGGUGAAUUAAUCCAUUUUAGGUCUAAAGCCGCAUGUAUCAAACACCAGGGGGCACCAAAUAACCACAACAUUUGUUUCGCUUUCGUUUCCGUUUAAAUGCCCCAAACCAACGACUGAAAAUGUCGUCCUCCGUGUCGAAACACAUAUUCACCUUUCUGUGUAAAAACGAGGGAUGUUCGGAAUAUGGUAAAGUGGAGAAGAGUUUGCGGCAGAGUUUCACGGUGGCGGAUCAGGUAUUGUCUCUGGUGCUCGAUGAUCAGGAGAAGUUUGCCAUUAAAGAGGAUGAGGACUCCAACACCAACAAGUCCGUUCUGGGAGCCAGAAGCCUGAUCGUCGCCAAAACAUCACUGCGAGUGUGCAAGAAUGACAAAUGUGUCGGGUGUGAAGAGCUGCACCUGUGCAGAUACCUUGUGUGUGGAAACUGCAGAUUUGGGGCAAAAUGCAAAAAGUCCCAUGACUGGGCCUCGGCAUACAAUUUGGCUCUCCUUAAAAAACAAGAUCUUCAAGGGCUUACAAGUGGAGAACUGUUUCAACUUUUGCUUCAGAAUGAUCACUCAUUCCUUCCAGAGGUUUGCUUCCAUUAUAACAAGGGGAAUGGAGAGCAUGGCAGCUGUAAAUAUAAGACAUCUUGCACAAGCCUACAUCUCUGCCAGCACUUUCUCCAGGAGGACUGCAAGUUUGGAGCGUCUUGCAAAAGGGCCCACACCUUUGAUGCAAAUGCUGAUAAAAUCCUGAAUGCCAGAGGAAUCUCUCCGGAAAACAAGCGUAACCUGCACAAGUUAUACAGGAACAGGUUACUGAUCACAUCUUCUCAAGAGAGACCUGUCAGGAAGAGAGAACUAGCAGCUCCACCAGCCGUGAGAGAACGCACCAGACACAAAUCCAGCAGCUCUGUCAGUGAAGUCGAUCAAAACGAAAUCUGUCUCUAUUACUUACGCUCCGGAUGUAGUUUCAAAGACAAGUGCGUACGCGUUCAUCACCAUCUACCCUAUAAAUGGGAGAUUUUACAAGCAGACGGAGUCACAUGGAGCGACUUGGCAAAUGAAGAUGCGGUUGAAAAAACAUUCUGUAACCCGGCCAGUGAUGUGAGCAUUACUCUGACAAGCUCAGGACAUCAGAUGGUAAAUUUGAUCUCAAUGACAUGUGGAGGGUCUUCGGUACGUCGACUGUCCACAGCAUCAUCUGUUACGAAACCCCCUCACUUCAUCCUGACCACCCAAUGGCUCUGGUACUGGAGGAAUGAUGAGGAGGACUGGACGGAAUAUGGCAAAGGGGACAAUACGAAUCUUGUCACCUCAGUCACUUCUGAAACCCUUGAGAAGAUUUACCUCUCCGACAAUGACAAGGAAGUUUCCUUCGACUCAGACAAGCAUCAGUACAUUCUCACAUUUAAAGGCAUGUAUCAGAGAAAUCUCAAGUACAAGACUGUAAGAGAGAUUCGAAGGAGGCCACGUUUUGUUAGUGCUCAAGACGUCAAGGGGAAGAUAAAGGGAAGCGAGUCUUUGGACAGCUCCACGUCGUCUGUGGAAGUUCCUUCUUACUGGGACAAAGGAUCCCUCCCUAGUCUGACAUACAUGCUUGUCCCUAUGCGGAGCUCUUCUAAGGAAUACCAAAGAGUGAGCUCACUGUUUAGUAGAACAAUGCCCAGAAACACCAUUCACAGCAUUGAGAUUGUGCAGAAUCUUUCCCUGUGGAGGGUCUUUCAGUGGCAAAAAGAACAAAUGACAGGGAGAAAUAAAGGAAAGGAGGUCGACCAGCGUGACCUCUUUCACGGUACGAAUGAGGAUCUGAUAGAGGCCAUCUGUCAGCAGAACUUUGACUGGAGGGUCUGUGGCAGUCACGGGACCCUUUAUGGGAAAGGCAGCUAUUUUGCCAGGGAUGCAUCCUACUCUGACAAAUACGUCAAAUCCAGGACCAACAAAAAGAAGAUGUUCCUGGCACAGGUGCUGGUGGGAGAGUUUACGAGAGGUCAGAGUAGUUUAGUUCGUCCUCCGGUGAAGAACAGUAAUCUGAGUUUUUAUGACAGCUGAGUUGACAAUGA